AUGGUAAAUGAUUUUAAAAUUUUCAUUUUGGUCAAUGCCAGGAUCUUUAAUAUAUAUCCAAGGAAAGGAGCAAUCCUUGUUGGAUCAGAUGCAGAUAUAAUCAUAUUCAACCCAAAUUCAAGCUUUGAAAUUAGUGCCACUUCUCACCACUCUAGAUUGGACACGAAUGUCUUCGAGGGAAGAAGAGGGAAGGGAAAGGUUGAAGUAAAAAUUGCUGGAGGAAGGAUUGUUUGGGAAAAUGGUCAAUUGAAGGUUGCCCUGGGUGAUGGAAAGUAUGUAGAAAUGCAACCUUUCAGUUAUCUUUUUGGUGGAAUUGACAAGCAGAUGCAAAGUACCUCUCUUCUCUCCGAGCUCCAGUGAAGUGAUUCAAAGCCACAACUUGACUUGCAGGUUCAAUUACUUUCACUAUUUAUGAUAGCUUUG